CUUCAUGCCACUCAACCCUCAUCACCAACAACUCACUCACUCAACUCAUUUACACAUCCAUUCCACAUAAAAAUCUCAAAUCAUCACAACAAAACAUCAAAACAUCAAACUAUCUAUCUAUCUAGCAUCAUCAUCUCACCAUGGGCCACGAUCUAGACGCCCACGAGCAGCCCUCAGAGCAGAUGAAGGCCGAGUGGAAGCACUUUUCGCGCCUCGACCAGUCCGUCCUCCUCCAAGAAACGCCCCUCGACGAUCCUCGCCUGCCCCUUGCAGAGAGCGGAUUCCUUCAGACGGGCAGCAUCCCGCGCUCCACCAUCACAGAGGCCUUUUCUCACCUCGGGCCUGAAUAUGCAGCUGUAGAUGCGGAUGGCGCUGAUGCCCCCAUCUUAUACCACCCUCUUCUCCCUGGCCUCCUCAUCCUCCCCUCACUCAUCCCCCCAACCAUCCAAACUCACCUCCUCAACACCAUGAUCCACCGCGAUCUCAGCAAUCCAAUCCACCAGACAAACCUCCACCUCCACUACGACCUCCCCUACCCCUCCUCCUCAGAUCCCCCCAAAUCCUUCUUCUCCCUCUCCCCAGAGUCCCCCCCGACAUUCAUCCCCAAAGACCCCGCCGUCCACAAACCCCUUACCAUCAAGCAGGCCCUCCAGCGCCGCCUCCACUGGGUCACCCUCGGCGGGCAAUACGACUGGACAAACCGCGUCUACCCCGGAGCACCUCCUCCCUCCUUCCCCGCCGACCUGUCCAGCUUCCUGACGACUCUGUUCCCCGAAACCCUCGCCCAGGCUGCCAUUGUCAACUUUUACACCCCCGGCGACACCAUGAUGAUGCAUCGAGACGUCAGCGAAGAGACCGACAAGGGUCUCGUCAGUCUCAGUUUUGGCUGCGAGUGCCUCUUCAUGAUUGCCCCCAGUCGCGGCGCUCACGAAAAAGAAGCCGUAGAGAAUGCAGAAGGUGAAGACGAGGACAAGAAGAAGUAUCUUCUUCUGAGACUACGCUCCGGAGACGCCAUUUACAUGACCAAUGACUCUCGCUACGCAUGGCACGGCGUCCCGAAAGUCAUGAAGGGCACAUGUCCGGACUACUUGGCAGAUUGGCCGGCAGGAGGUGAAAAUGGCGAGUUUGAAGAGUGGAAGGGCUGGAUGCAGAACAAGAGAAUCAAUCUGAAUGUUAGACAAAUGAGGGAGUAGUUGGAUUCUGGUUUUAGAACAUAUAGCCUUGUAAAUGGCAUCAUGAAAUGUAG